UUGGCAUGGUAACAGUCUUCCUCACUGUUGUGAAGACGGAGAAGCUGCUUGGACUUUGGAAGGGAGUCUCACCUGUGAGUGACUGUCAUAUACACACACACACUCAUUGUGUACACUACCUGGCCAAAAGUAUGUGGACACCUCACUGUCCCAUCCAUGUGGUUCUUCUUCUCCAAACUGUUACCACAAAGUUGGAAGUUCGCUGGAAAUACGCGACCCAAACCCGUUCCAGUCUGACCAUACUUCCAUGAAGACAAGGUUGGAGUGAAGAACUCGAGUGUCCUGCACAGAGCCCUGACCGAACUCAAAACCUUUAGGAUGAACUGACUCUCCUCAACAUCCCAACUAGCUGAAUGAACACACAUCCCCACAGCCACGCCCUAAAAUCGAGUGGAAAGCCUUCCCAGAAGAGAAGAUGCACAUACGGGUGGUGUCACGGUCAUGGAGUGUACAAACCUUUGGCCAGUUCGUUUGUACGGUGUAUCCCCGGUGUGGGAAUCUACUUCAGCACCUACUACAGCGUGAAGCAGCACUUCUUCUGUGACCGAGCGAUGCAUCCCGUGGAGGCCAUGCUGCUGGGGGCUGGAGCCCGCUGUGUCGCGGGAGUCUGCAUGCUGCCGGUCACCGUCAUCAAAACGCGCUUUGAGAGUGGGCGUUAUAACUACAGCAGUGUAGCAGGAGCUCUGCGCAGUGUGUGUCGGACAGAGGGGACGAGAGCGCUGUUCUCCGGUCUCACAGCCACUCUGCUCCGAGACGUUCCCUUCUCCGGCAUCUACGUCAUGUUCUACAGCCAGGCCAAGAACACGCUGCCUCACGAGAUAAGUGAGUCGGCGUACGCCACGUUGGCGAACUUCAGCUGUGGCGUUGGAGCGGGGGUGUUGGCGUCUCUGAUCACGCAGCCUGCAGAUGUGGUGAAGACACACAUGCAGGUGAAUCCUCAUCGCUUCAGAAGGAGCGCAGACGCUCUCACGUACAUCUACAGCGAACACGGCUUGGCUGGGUUCUUCCGUGGUGCCGUGCCUCGCUGUCUCCGUAGGACGAUGAUGGCGGCGAUGGCGUGGACCGUGUACGAGCAGCUCAUGGCUCGAAUGGGCCUCAAAUCCUGAAGGAGGAAAUCCAGGAUGAAGAAAAGAGAUUGAUUUUAAAGCAGAAGAGAAAGCUGGAGACUGAAGUAGGAACGAGGUGGAGAACUGAGAUUUGGAGUCAGUGACCUUAUUAAACCUUCACCAGUCUACUAACAGCUGAGAAUUAAGAGUGAUGGACAAAAAAAAGAAAAAGUUUUUGUACUGUACACACCUGGAGAUUCAGGUAGUGUUGGGGAGAUGGAUGGAAGGAAGGAAAGUGUUCUUUUGGUAUCAGGAUCCUUCCUGCUUUUAUUACACCUUCAGCAUUUAGAUAAAGGAGUAAUGACUUAUGGAGGGGGGGAAGCGUCCAAGACAUCACCUUUCUGUUCAUAACCUUGAUUGGUGUCCAAAACUAAGUAACAUUACAGCAGCUAUAAUCAGAAAACUACAGCCUCCUUCCAGAACAUCUCCUUAACCACACUGCCAGCAAGUUACACGGCUUUUCCUUCAUUCAGGAAACUGGUGUUAUGACAGAAAAUUAAACCAACAGUUUCAUGGGACAAUCACAUGUGUGUGUGGGAUUGCUGGAGGAAACUUUAAUAACCUGUGAGAGCACUGAACGACAAUUUUACUGGUUUAUCAGCACUGUGAUCCAAUGAUGUACAUUAUAUUGUGUUUGCUAACUUGUCAAUAAAAAUUUCUGAAUCAUC